UUUUUGCUGUUUUUAUUGUUUAAAUAAAAUUUUUAAAGAUAUGAUAAAUUUCAAAUCCCAUUUUAAUGGCAAGAAAAUAUGCAUUGUAAAUCAACAAUAAAACUACAAUCUAUAUGGCACAAAUAACAAAAAUGGAUACUGACCCGGAUUUACAAGCUCUCAGAGCUAAGAGGUUAUCUGAAAUUAAAGGGAAUUACAAGGACUACAAUGGAGAUAAUCCAGAAAAAGCUGAAGAAGAAAAGAAAAGGAUGGAGGACAUGCGGAAUGGAAUGCUCUCAAGAAUUUUGGAUCAAAAUGCCAGAGCCAGAUUGAAUACAAUAAUGGUUGCUAAACCAGAUAAAGGCAGAAUGUUGGAGAAUAUGCUCAUUCAGAUGGCACAAAGGGGGCAAAUAAUGGGGAGAAUGAGUGAAGAUGACCUCAAAGGCAUUUUAGAACAAGUUAACAAACAAUUUCAAAGCAAGACCACAGUGAAGUUUGAUAGAAGAAGAGCAGCUUUGGAUGAUUCAGAUGAAGAGUUAGAUGUCUAGUGUAGAUAACCAUUCUUAUAAAUAUUAAUAAAAUGCACUGACCUAUUCUAAUUUAUUUGUCAUAAGUGUAAAUACUUGUCAUAAUAUAAUAAACUUUUAUAUUUCUAUUAAGUGACAUAUCUGGCUCUCCCCCCCCCCUUUCCUCUCCAUUCCAAUAUCAUUUUAUUUUUAAACUUAUCCAUGGAACAAGUAAAAUUUCAUGAAUAAGAAAUAUAAAUAACCAAGUAUAAACACAUAUUAUUAAAAUUUUACAAUUAAAUCUCUUGUUAAAAUUGACAACAUUGUCAUUGGUACUAUAUCACUUAAAACAUCAGGAGGUAGGUUAUCAGUGCCAUUGCCCAUUUGAUCAUGUUAAGAACUUUUAAGUAGUAAGAGUUUAAUGAAACAAGUGCUAGUAGAUCUUAUUGCACUUGACAGUCACAAGUUAAUAACGAUUAUGUAACUGCUAUAGUUGGUGAAUUAUGUUUAUUGGAUAGUUUGUGCAGAUUUACAAAUGGUUUUUGGAAUUGCUCCCAGGUGAAUCAGUCGAUUUCUUAGCACGCUAAUGUUGCUGCACUGUAUAGGUUUUUUUAAAAUCAAAAUUGUAUAUUAGUUAUUACUGAAGAAGAAACUCGCAGAGUCAGUGUUAGCUUGGAAGCACGUGAUCUAAAACUAAGAACUAUGCAAUGUCGCAUGUUAAUAUAUAAUUAGCAUCAAAAAGUGAGUACAUCUAAUUCUGUUUACCAUUACAAAAAUGGUAAUACCGAUAUGAUUUAUAAAUAAAGUAAAUAUCUGAAGUGAAGUUAGUUACAAGAACCGCCAUUGCUGAACGUGCUAUGUUGCUCUGCGUGAGCGGGUAGCUUCGGACACUUACAGUUUCUGCGCCUUAAGAACGUAGUAGACACCUAUUUAAAGGUUAUGACGGUUAUAAGUUAUAUAUUUCGAACUUCAUUACAAGUUAGUGAUGUACUGCCCAGGGAUAAUGUCUUGUGGAGUUACAGUGCUUGCAAUGUAAUUAAACAUCAUUCAGAAAGGGUUAGGUAAGCACAUAAUGUUGAUAAGUAAUCAAAAUAAUACGUAUUUAAUGAAGAGAAUGGAGACAUUCGAUACUGUUAUUACGCCAGUAAGGAGAAACGUUGCCCGUAAAAGCACUGCUAACAGACCAUUGCUCAAUACAAUAAUUAAAGCUCCUCUCAAACAAGUUAAAAAAAAUGACUACAUUUUCGACGAAAGCAUUGUGUCUAAAUCAAAUAGCAUUAACAAUUAUCCUUCUUACGAAUCUCAGAACUUUCAUUUCUAUUAUGAAGAUGACAAUACGAAAACUUCAAAAAGAUCGCUUAUUGACCACAAUACAAAAAAGUAUAAUUCAUGUAAUGAACCUAUUUUUAAUUACAUCGAGAACUCAGAUAAUUCAUUAUUGCAUGAGUCUGAGGAUGAGGAUGUUGAUUUAUCUGGUAUAUUUUGUGUUUCUGAUGAUAUGACUAAAUACUUGGAUGAGGGUAAUAUAUCACCUACCACAAACUAUGAUUCAUCUGAUGAAUCUAUUGAUUUGUCUAAAGUUAAAAAUUACCCAGUGAAAGUAGAAAAAUGUAGAAAUGAUCAGUUCUCUGUUUCUAACAAAGUUAGUUCACCUGCCAAAGAAUCUGUAAUAGAUACUGGCAAGAAUAUUAAACAAGAAUUGUUUAGUGAAAUUAGUAAUGAAGACAAUUUACAACCUAUCAUUGUUAAUCAUGUUUCAGUCAUUUCAAAUGACAGCAGCAUUACUGAGUUAGGAACUCAGACAAAAAAAUGCUUAUUUGACCCAAAUCUUGAGUCAGUUACCUGUAAAGUCAAAGUUAGGGAAGAAGUUCUGGUAUGUGAAAAUGUACCCUUAAAAAUGACCAUUUUGGAAGCUAACUUUGAUGUUGACCACUUAGAAAAUAUAGUGGAAGAUAAUAAUUUUAAGGUAGAUUUAAUAAAUGAGAAAGAUGAUAAUGUAACAGUCGGUCCUCAAGUAAUCUGUGCAAUGAGUUUAGGUAGUGAUGAAAAAAAUGAGUUGGGGGAUGCAACAGUAAACUUGCCGACUGUAGAUGACCAGAAAAGAAAUUUAAGGAGAACUAAAAGGGUGUCAUUGAAAAAAGAACCGAUAAAAGCAUCAGAGAUUAAAACUGAAAAGGUUCCGACUGUUAAUGAGAAACGCUUAACUAGGAGUCAAAUGCAAGUUAAUAAUAAUAAUAAUACUAACAAAAGAAUAACUAGAAAUAGUACCAGACUCAAUCCUGAUUCUCUGGUUUCUAAAGAUCUGAAUACUGAAAUAAAUUGUUUAGGAAAUAGUUAUGAUAAUGAACAACUUAAAACUGUUUGUAAAAAUAAUUUGAUUGACGAAUCCCAAAAGUCAAUUAACAAUUCUAUUAAUGAACAAAACAAAACGCCUUGCUUGUCUGAUGAGACUUCAGAUAUUUAUUCUGAUCAGACUAAGGAAGAUAAGGAUUGUAAAAAGAAGGCUAACCUUGAUAAAAAAGGUAAAAAAGACAUUAAUGAAGGUGUGUUACUACAUGUUGAAGCUACUAAAGAAACAGAAUUAAUGAGAGAUGGUAAAAUUAUUAAAGAUAAAGAAGAAUAUUUGAAAGACAUUGAAUCAAAAAUUGAUCAAAAUUUACCAGUUGUGGUAGAAAAAGAGUUUGAUAUUCAACAAUCUUUAACUGAAGAAAUUUUGCUUGAUCAGGCAUUAAGGUUAGCACAUCAGAGAACAUCACCUAGGCUGUCCAAAAUUAUGAAAGAAGCCAUUUUAAAAGCUUCUGUUCCGAAAAUAAGUUCCAAACCCAAACAGACCAAAAGUAAUGGUAAUAAACUUGAAAUUAAAUCCAAAGGGAAUAAAACACUUAUUUCUCCAAAACAUAAUUCUGAGGAAGCUGAUUCCUCUGAUUCAGUUUUAAACAAUUCAACAGCAUCAGAAUCGAAUUCAGAUAAAACAUUUAGCACAGAGUCAUUGAAUGGAGAUGUAGAUGAGUUCAAUGAAACAUUUGAAAACCAGAAAAAAAAGAAAAAGGAAAAUUAUGUUAUAACUCCUGUUGCCAAGCAAACUAAUACUGAAAAUACUGUUGAGCCAUUGACAAUUAAAAUUUGUAGAAAAGCUAAUAAGAAAAAGACUGGCUUUAGACUUUCAUUGAAAAAGAAAAGAAGUCCUAAGAAAAAAGAAGGUGUUAUUUCAAAACCAGUAUGUUCGAAAGAUGUUAAUAUGGAUGAUCUUUCUAAAACAUUUGAAGACAUUUUGCAGGAUGAUAAUUGGUGUAUUGAUGAUAAAAUUAGUAGUGUAGAUUCAGAAAAUUUUGAUGAAAAUGCUGAAAAUAAAAAUAUAAAUAUCAAAGAUCUAAAUGAUGAAUCAUCAAUAAAUACUAAAAUUGAACAGCCAACUUCAAAUAAUUCUUCCAUAAAAGAUAGUGAAAUUAUUUCAGGAAAUAACAAUGUAGAAAAAUCCACCUGUGCUAAUGUUGAAAACCCACCUAUCAUUAUUGCUGAAGUUAGUACUGACAAUGAUUCUGGAACAAAUGUAGAAAACAAUGAUGCAUUGUCUAAGUUAAAUAAUUCCAAACACUCUUCAACUGGUGAGGAUUCAACUCUUAACAAAGAUGAUUCUAAGGAUUCAGUUUCAAUAUCUUCACAUAAUGAAAUAUUAAGUGAUAUUACCUCUGAGAAAAACAGUAAUUUAAAGUUAGAACAUUUACCUAAAAAUUGUAAUGCUGCUUCUGUUAAUAACAUUUUAAGUUCAACAGAAUUGAGUUCUCAUGAAUCAAAUAAAUUACCCUUGUCAACUAUUUCUGAUACUAAUUUGAGUAAAGAUACUUCAAGCACAACACCUCAGUUUACUAUGACUUCAUCAGAUAUCGAUGUACCGUUAAUAAGUUCACAGAAUGACUUGCAUCUCAAAAAUAGUUUUGCCAAUGGCAUUAAUAAAACAAUAUCAAAUUCGAGAAUGCUUGAAAACCAAUGUAAUGAAGUUCAUAAAAUAAUCGAUACUGUUGACCAAAUACAUAAUCAAAUUAAUAAUAAAGAAAUCAAUUCUCUUCAGGAUCAGGCAAUAGAUAUUUUGAAAUGCCCCUUAGUUUCACCUAGCUCUGAUAUUCAGCCAAAAGUACUUCCUUUGAGUAUUGCUUCUAGAGAUCCUCGUUUAAGAAAAAGUCAUGUUAGAGUUAUUGUUGAAGUAAGUACUUCAUCUGUUUCUAAUUCUUCGGGUAAAUCUGAUAUACAGCAAGAAACCAGAAUUAUUAGCCAGGUUAUGCAAAAUGUUACUAAAGAAAUAGAUAAUAGAAAGGAUGCUGAAUCUGAUUCGGAGACAAAUGAAAAUCAAGUUGAAAUGGAUCGUAGAAAAAAAAUAAAGAAACGAGAAGUUGAUGCUGAAUUACUUUAUAAAACCCCUCUUUCAGAUCUACAUGACAUACCUGAAAGAACAUCAUAUACCCGUUCAAUUCGUAAAAGAUCACCUCCUAAAAUUGACAAGAGGGACCCAAGAACAGUUCGUAGAAAAGAGAAUAAUUUUUUACAAACCAAUGAUAAGAUACCAGACACCUAUCGUGAAUAUCAUGAAAUUAAUAUUUAUUCUAAAAUGACACAUCAGGAUUCAAUUAGAAGUGAAAUAGCUGGUUCUCCUUCUGAAUUUAAAAGGAAUGAUAAUUUUUCUCCUGAUUACAGAUCAAUGGGACAAUAUAGGUUAGAUUCUCAUCAUCCUGAGCACUAUAAUUCAUUUAGGACUGAUGUAGAUUUAAGACGAAGGGAAAAUUAUUGCCAGAAUUCUUCAACUGAGUAUGUAAAUGAAGUAAGCCAUACCAAAGAUUUUACUGAAAGAAUAUAUCAAACUCAUUCUGACCAUCAUAGAAUAGCUUACCAAUAUAACGAAACUGAGGAAGAAUAUAGACGCUCAGAGAAUUAUCCACCAGAUUAUGCACCUCCAGAGAAUUAUUCACGAGGGUAUAAAAGAUCAGUUGAUUUCAGCUCAGAUCACAGUCGCCAUGAUUCACCUGAUUUUAGGGAAAAGGAGCUUGUUAGAGAAAGAGUUAUUGAAAAAAACCAUAUCCCACACAAUGAACCUAGUUAUUCCAGGUGGGAUUAUGCACAUAAAAAAGUCGAAGGCCAUUUUCCCCCAGAAAUCAAUAAUGAAGAAGAGGAAAAAAAUCUUCAGUCUGAUGAAAGGACUAAUAUGUGGCAAGAAGAGCGUGAUUUAAUUGAUGGACCUGUUAAAAGUUUUUCAAGGCCAUAUUAUCGGCGGAAAAAGUUUUCAAGGGGGGACGAACUUUUUGAAAGAAGAACUACACCAUGGGAUGAUAAUAGGCGGUAUGCUGAAAAUGAAAGGCUAUGGGUACGUAAAACAGAUAAAGAAUUGAUUCAUGGCCCUGAUAGGGAUAUGAGGUGGGAUAGAAGAGGUAGAAAGGGAUUUAGAGAUGUUAGGGAAGAACGUUCACGGUCACCUAGAAGAGACCAUGAUAGGUAUACUGGUAAACGCUCUAGAUCUCCUGGCAGUUUUUUAAGAAGUAGAAGAGAAGCAUCUCCUAGUCCUCAAAGCAGUCCUUUAGUUCUAGAUUCUCCAAUGAGUCCUGAACCAGCUGAUCGCUACUGUGUCCUCGAACCAACCAAGUGUUUAACUGUCCCACAGUGAAGUGAUUAUUCAUAUUGGACAUAUAACUUAAAUCAUAGACUUGAGCUUCCAUGCUGAUUAAUAUUUUGUACAUAACAAUAAUUUAUAUUUUUUUACAUUUAGGAUAUAGAUAAUCUAUUUUUAAAGUGAAGGAGAAAAUUGUAAUUAUCUAAUUAAUUUCUCAUUAAAAACAUUAAAUUAUCCUGAAGUCCUGAUAAUAAUACUUAAGAUACAAAUUUUAGAAAGUUCUUUUUAUUUAUUUAUUGAAUUACAUAUAUGAAAAAAUUAACUAGUUUUUUUUCUGAGUUUCUGUUUAGUUGUAAGUUCCACUUGUAAAAGUCUUAUAUUUAAUUUCCUAUUUGUAAAAAUUGUAUGUGUAAAGAUUAUGUUUGUAUAUAUAUAUAUAUGUACACAAAUGUAUAAUUAUGUACAUAAAAUCUCUUAAUACAUUUUUUAUAUAUAAAUAUAUUGUUUCAUGUAUUUCUUACCUAAAAUUUUGUGUCACAAGCACAUUUUCAUCUGCACAGUGAAUGCAACUGAUUCAUCUGAAGUGGAAAACUGAUAGGUAAUAUUUUAAAUAUUAUUGCAUGAAUCUAUUUUUUUUUUAAUUAUUAUGAAAUAGUGUACAUUUAAUCUUGUUCACAUAUUUAUUAUUUCUUUGCAUACAUUUCGUAAAAUUACAUCUCGUAUUUUUGAGUGUUGUAAAAUAUAUGGAUGGAUAUGUGCUCAAGUGAAUUGGUAUUCUAGUCACAUUAAGUAUUAUUAAUUAAAAAAGAAAGAACAUGUAAUUAUAUUUUGUAUUCAGUUCUAUCUUUGCAUUGUUUAAACUAUUACUGCAUCCAAACAUUUAAAUACCGAAUCUGUAUUGUUUAUAUUAAAAAUUGUAUUAUUAACUGAUAUUAAGAUUCAAGAUUUAGAAGUAAUGAUGUUUUAAUUUAACAAUAAUGUACUCCUGUGCUUAAUUUUAUUUAUUUGAUAAAAAUACGUAUUAAUAAAUAUUAAAGUUAUGGAUUAAACAGUAGAAGUCAUGACUACAUAUGAAAUCACCUCCUUUUAUGCAUUUCUAUUCAUCAAUAAACGUGUGCAUCAUUUUACAGUUGCAAUGAAAUAGAUUUUUUCAUCAUACUAAGCAAUUGCAUAAUUGUUAGUAGUUUCAUCUAAUUUUAGCAAAUUAUAUUUUUGUGAGCCCUUGUUUAUUUAUGUAUAUUUUUAAAUAUGAAAUUAUAAGUAUCUAAUGAUGAUUAAGGCUAUAAACUGAAGAAUCUUUAAGAUUUUCGUGAAUUCGUACUUUGUGCUUGACAAAUUGCACAUUCACAGCACUACAAAACAAACUGUUUAUGGUAGUUUAAACGAAUUCCUUCAAUUUACUGUUCAGAUCUUUCAGGCGAAAGCGAACGUGAUAAAAUUAAACACUGCAGCUGAUUAUCGACCUUGAUUCGCUGAAGGCGCGACCGACGUAAUCAAAGACUUGAUAACAAACAGAACGUUUCUGUUCGUGCAUUUAAUGAGGUUUUUUUUUAUCCAUUAUUGUAAAUAGCUAUUUUAUUAUGAAUGUUAUACAAACGAUUUAUAUUCUCUACUAUUUCUUUAUGACGGAAGACCUCUCCAGUAAACUUGUGAAAUCGGCCGAGUGUACGUGGCAAAUAAUAAAAACGUCUUUCAAGUUCUUUAAAUGCUAAUCCCAGACUUUUAUUAAUGUGGUGUUUAGUGAAACAUACAAUUAUAUUAGUUAAUGUAUUUCAGCCACUAAAUGUAAACUCCUGUCAAGAAAAAAAUAUAAACUAUUUAACUCCAAUAUCUCUGGAGCAUUAUUGUUCUAAUGAACGCAUUUUUAUUAUUAUUAUUUUUUCGACAAGCCUAGAAUCACCAAAUAAUAUUGCAUAUAGUUUAUUUUCUAUUCCAGAGGAAUUGCCGCCAUAAAAACUCAGCCUUCCACAAAAUUGAUUCGUGG